UUUUGUGAUUCGGCAUUGGAUCGGACCGCUGAUUUUGGCGAUAACGUGACCGGACACUGGUGAGCGUCAUUUCCCUUCCGUCCGCCCCCUCUCUGGCUUUUUGGGAAGUGAGAACUGGGGAGAGAGGAGGAGGAAGAAGAAGAAGAAGAAGAAUGAUGGCUGCGGCGACGUCGAUGAUGAGCGGAAGCCGCCUACUCCUCCUCUCCUCCUCUUCCUCCUCCUCCUCCUUUUUCUUCUCCUUCUCCUCCUCCACCCUCCGGAGACUCUUCUCUUCUCCUCCUCCUUCUCCUUCGUCGUCGUCGUCGCCCCUAGCACUUUCUAGAAGCUUAUACACGCGGCGCCGCAGCCUCCUCUCGCCCGUCCUCCAUUUCCCCUCGCGUCGCUGUCGCUGCUGCCGCCGCCGCCCCCGCCCCCGCUGCUGCUGCUGCUUCUGCUCCGAAGCGACCCCCCAAUGCCAAUCCCAGGCAGAGGAGGCGCCGCCCCCGUCGGAUCCGGUGAGGGAGGCGGCGGAGGCGUUGGACAUCAGGGUGGGGCGCGUGCUGAGGGCGUGGCGGCAUCCGGAGGCCGACUCGCUCUACGUGGAGGAAGUGGACGUGGGGGAGGCCGAGCCCCGGACCAUCUGCAGCGGCCUCGUCGACUACAUUCCCUUGGACCACCUCCAGGACUGUAAAGUUGUUGUCCUCGCAAAUCUUAAGCCUAGGAAUAUGCGCGGCAUCAAGUCGAAUGGUAUGCUGAUGGCUGCUUCUGAUGAGUCUCAUAAGACUGUUGAGCUUCUUAUACCACCAGAAGGUUCAAUCACUGGUGAGAGGAUUUGGUUUGGUUCAGAAGAAGAAAAAGAUAGGCAACCUGAUGCUGCAACACCUAAUCAGAUAGUUGGAAGGCCUAUUCUCUGCUUGAAAAGAAGAUUUGUAGUGUCAUGUUUGGGAAAGCCAGACCUCCUACCCGUGCAUCAAGCUAUCACAUAAAAGAAAGCACAUAGAGAAGGUUUGAAUUUGAAAAUCCACAUAGAGCAUAACAUUCUGUAUAAACCCAUAGAUAAAGUUGGCUCUUUUUUAUGCUUUUAGAGCUUACUACCUAUUUUUAAUUUAGUCGAUUCAUGAGAAUCAAAUGAUUACUUAUAUCUAUAGGUUAACAUACAGAUCAUAACACAUGGUGCUGGUCUUCACUUUAGACCAUCUAUAGUUGAAUUUUUCAUAUAUAUUACAAGUGUUAUCUUUUGCUUAAGAUUUAUGUUUAGUCCAAUUCAGACAAAAUUCAUCUUAUCGUUAUGUAGAAACCUCUUCUUUUUUUCUGGAAAGGCAAAUUAUGAAAAAAGAAAAGAGAACCCCAAUGAGAUAAUUUUCCAUUGAAGCUAUAAUAUGGCAGCAUCUUAGUUAGCUGACAAGAUCGUAAUUAGCAGACUAGGACAGUAGGGAAAGUGGAAAACAAAGUCGGGUAAUCUUUCUUGGAAAGAGAUUAUAAGCAGUAUCAUCUGAACUUAAAAUCAAUCAGAGAUGACCUAGCAGAGCAGAGGAGAGGAAAGAUAUCUACAUAACAACAGAAAGGACCUGAGGAAAACUAUAUAUAAAGUAGUCAAGUGAAAAUUAGAGGAUGCCAAGAAAUACUCUUCCCAUUUCUUACGCUCUUUUUUUCCCCUCUUUUCACAUAUAUUGGACAAGGAGGGGGGAAGUAGUAGUUCAGGCCAUUUGAUGGGUUGAUUGGAUAGCUUUCUUCUACUUGCAUGCCUUUCUAAGGCUGAGAACUUUCUUUCCAAACAAGUUCAAUUCUCUUCUUUGUCUGAUUUUUCAAGCUAUUCAAUCUUGUCUUCCUUUUUUCUUUCCUGAUAACUUGUUCCAACAUCUGCCAGAAGUUGGAUGGUCUCUUUAUUCCAAGAUGUAAGAUUUAUUUAAGUCUCAUUUUCCUAUCAUAUUGCUUGUUUGGGGUUUCUUUUGUACCUUUUUGAAUGAUAAUGUCUUUGGAGCUUCAGAGUGGAUUCUGCAUCGGGUUAGCUUUUUGUGAAAAUGUUCUUCCGUGUGUGAGUAACUUCACCAUAUACAAAUUUCGCUGUAUAUCUUACUGUUUAUAGCUCAAUCUGCUUAUUUAAUGAUUUAUUGACAAUUUGCUUGACAUAUCCAUUUGGAUUACCAGUGUGAUUUACGUACUU